AAUUAAGAUCCUCCAUAAUGUUUGGGUUUGCUAGGAACACCUCCAGCGCCUUGGUACCUGUGUCCAAGCAGAGUAGUCGGUAUGCAUCGCGAGGAAAGAAGGUGGUGAGUAAGUUCAAGAAAGUCGACAUUCAGUUGUUAAAAGACCAUCCCACCCUCGGCCAAAAAGGUGAGGUUGUUUCUGUUAAAGCUGGAUUUAUGAGACAACAAUUGCACCCAUUCAAAUACGCCUCCUACACGUUGAACGGCCUUCGAAUCCCAGUUGUCGAGAAAAAGGUAGCUGUGGUGAAUACACCACCUGUAGUGACUUCUGCAUCAAUUCAGAAACCAAGUGUUGGCUCCUUCAAUAAAGAGGAUUUUUCUGCCUUGUUCGACACAUUGAAGACCUCCGGUAAGAACAAGAGAACUUCGAAGCUGGAGAUUUCCUUCGAAAGCAUCAACGAAUCAAGCAGCUCAGAAGGUAGCUUCAGUGCUUCUGAAAUCAGAGAAUACGUUCCUUCCGUUAUCACACUUGUGACUGGAAAAGGUGUGUCUUUGCCUGUCACCAAAGCCGCCUUGGCCACUCAUGUGUUCAAUGUAUCUGGUUUGGAGAUUCCUCAAUCAGCUAUUCGAAUCGCCGAUAGUUCCAAAAAACCAAUCACUUCCAUUGAAGCGGCAGGCGAAUACUCAUGGGUCAUCGAUACACCUGAAAACCUCCCGGUUCGUAUCUCUCUUACUGUGCAAUGAGACAAGCCACCAAAGUAUGUAUAAUUGGGUCUUCCCAACUGUUAGUGUAAAUAGAUAGAUAAUGCAAAAUUCGC